UUACUCGGACACGGAAUGGGCACGGCACGGUUAUGUAUAAAUGUGGGGUUAUAUCGACGAGUAGUAAGGGAUAGAAAAGUAGCGACUACAUACAUAUAGCGUAUAGCAUGUUCGCAGGGAGAAAGAAAGCAACGCGCGUGUAAGUACGUGGUAGAAGGUUGUCGGCGGCAGGGGUGCCGGAUCGAUUGGACGAGGUUUUGCGCGUUCACGUCGCGCCUCGAGGUUCGUGUAUCUGUUGUUACGAUCGCAGCCCGCUCGACGAGAGACAGGGGGUCGUCGAAAAGUCCGAUUGACACGAACGAAUACGGAAGAUCGCAAACGCGUUCGUUGGUGAUGGAGAAACGUAUAGCGAUAUCGAAAAUUCGGUGAUUUAGCUGGUAGCAAAGUAGAGGGACUGUACGUUGACAGAGCGUAAAUACGGAAUUUGUUGGUUGCCGAUCGAUCCCCUGGCUGGUUUCCUAGGUUAACGGCGAUAAAGCGAAAAAGCUGAACAACAAGGGUUGCCUGAUUUAUUUGCCUGAAUUAUUCUCGAAUCGUUACGUAGAAUGUUCGAUCGUACUACACGGUACAGCAAGCGUAUACGUAUACACGCACACGUAUAAUAGACGAUCGCUAGCAGUAGCACUAGCACGAUGGCGAGACCACGGUCGUAAUCCUGAUAUAGGAGGAUGAGGACGAUAAGGGUGUAAGGCUAGGUAAGGUAACGCGUAACGCGUAAGGCAUAACGAGUCGAUAAAAGGACCGCGAACGAACGCAAACGGUUGGGAGAUUGCGAGAACCUAAGCAGGGGUGGUGGUUGGGGGGGGGGUGGUAUGGCUUUGUCGGAAAAGGGAUCGGUGAUCGGCCCUCGAGUCCCUCGAGGUCUCGCGCCUGCGGUCGAAGGACUCGCGAGAGAGAUCUUGCGACAUCGACCCGAGGAUAUUUACACGUUUGCGGCGCAUCAUUUCGAGCAACUGAUCGAGUUACGGGAGAACGGACGCGCUUGUACGCGUGUGUCAAAAAUACUGGAUCGCGCGUCGUCUACCGGGAAAUGUCGUGCGCUCGUAGAUUGGAUCGAUGGCAAUGGUGGCAACGGCAACGACAACCAUCGAACAUACGGUGGUUCGAAUCGCCGCGACCGGUGUCGUUUCCCUGAUCGGAAAGCGAACAAUUCGAUCGAUGAAGCGGCGGCAGCGGCGGCGGCGAUUAAAGAAACGACAGGGAUAUCGUGCGCAACGUUGGCGAAAUUAUUAACACGUGGAAAAAGGAGGAGGAGAAGAGCAAGCGGGGAGGAGGAAACGGCAACGAAUAGAAACGGUUGGUCUAUAAACGAAACGGUGAAGGUAUUUAAAAAGCAUGGCUACGAAAAUAGGGGGAACAAGGGGAACAAGGAGAAGAAGGAGAAGAAGGGAACAAGGUCGAGGAGCACGCAAAGAUCAAAGAUUUCGACCGAAGAGGAAAUUCAUAGUUACCCGGUGCAACGAGCCGCGGCGCAACCGCGGCUGUCGAAAACAACCGCGCUACGCCGAUGUCAUCGAUCUUUAUCCGUCGAAGAUGUCUACGCGUACCUUGCGAGAAAUAGUAGCCGACGAUUCAAAGAAAAUCAAUCGGGAAUCAAAGCGGGGAAUCGCCGCUCGAACGAGUUGCACGGGAUUAAAAGCCAACUCGAGAAUUCGAUGAAAAACAUCGAGAACGCGUCGGCACGAUGUCUGAAGCGACAGAGAAGCGUUGGACAAAUCGAAGACGUGCGCGGCUCGUCGUCGAGGGUCGAUAGGGACCGUGCGAGCAUGGAAUACGGUAGCGUCUCGUCGGCUUCGACGAGAAGAACUCGUUCGCUCGUGAACGUAACGUACUCGUCGAACGGGAGUAACGGUUACGGAAGCCACGUAAGUAGGGGGGCGUCCACUGGAAAGGACGAAAUACAGCGCGACCGGCUGACGGAAACGGACGAUAGCUCGAUCGGAGCUAUUUCGCAAAAUCGUCAGGAUCGACGGGAAUCGUUCGGAGGAAGAGGAAUCGAACCGAAGCAAAGGAAGAAGAACCCGGAACAAGAAGAAGAGAGUAGGGAGAAGGGAAGCGGAAGGGAAGCGGAAGAAGAAGAAGAAGAAGAAGAAGAAGAAGAAGAAGGUCGCGUCGCCGUGAAAUCGAACGCGAAAUCGGUAGUAGAAGAGUCGCGGGAUAUCGGGGACAACGGGGAUACGGGGGGAGAAACGUUCGAGGACGAGUCCCGGUGCGAUUCGGAGGGAAUCGAUAUCGUUGCCGGUACGAAAAUAAGCGUGGACCAAGCGAGACUCGUUGCCCGAGAGGAUACGCCAGAUGUUACGAGAAGUCGUCAAGUUUCCUCGGAGAACGAAGAAAUCGUGAUUCUUCCAUCGGUGAUUACGAAACAGUGUUCCGGUAACAGAUACUCGGAAAUUAUUGCCGAGCGAUCAUCCGGAAACGAUAGCUGCGACUGCGUGAUUUUACCUCCCAUAUCGGUCGACGCGUCGAAACCGGUCAAGAAGGAAGACAAUUUGGUGUUACCGGUAUUGUCGAAAUUCUCGGAAGCGAUCGAUAGCGAACAAGGAUCGUCGAAGCCUCGCGGCGACAGCGAAGCUUCGAGCAUCGGUGACGGAAGAAAGCGUUCGGAGCCGAACGCGCCCGUUUCGAAAACGCGGCCGCUCGAGCUAGGCGAUCGCGAUGACCAACGUCGUUCGACCAACGUUGCGCACCGAAUUCCUUGUUCGCGCGACACCGCCGAUACGAAUAGAUGCGAGAACGCGCAACAGAUUUUGAAAGAGGACGGUACGAUCGUUGAUCGAGCAACCGAGAACGACGAGGCGCGUUCGGAGGCGAAUCUGGAAACGAACGUUUCCAAAGAGGAUACUUUAAAUACGGAGUCCGAUUUCGGCGAACUCUCGCGGACGUCGGCAAAGUCGUUGGACGAUCGUUCGAACGCCGAGAGCGGAAACGAGGACGAAAACGAAAAGGAAGACGGGAAGGAGAACUCGACUGCGACCGCUACGACCGGCGGUGGCCACGCGGAGGAGGAACGCGAGGAACGGCAGCGAAAUAUUGGAGAACGGGAGACGCGUCCUGUAGGGAACGACGAGCUGAAAAACAAAUUGAUCGAGAUAGAAACGGUCGAGAGAAGUAUCGAAAGUACGCUAAUUUCUUCGGAAACUGCGUCGAUAGCCGACGAUAGUCGCAAAUCUGUAACGUCGCGUUCGAUGGAUUCCGCAUCGAAUUCGGAGUCGGACGAAUCAUCGGACGAAUCGGAAAGAUCGAAAGUUUUAUUUGGGAAUAGCGUAGAUUCGAUCGCUACCGAAACGUUGCACGGUGCUUGUGUAAAACAAGAUUCGCUCCAUAAUUUGUACAACGAUUCGCUGGGAAGCGAUAACGCUGAUACGGGAACUCGAAAUCGAUCGAAUUUGGCUGAAAUUUCGACAGCGUCAGCGACGUCGGCGAACGCGAGCGUGGAGGGCGAGGACGAGGGCGAUGCCGACGGCGACGCCCGCGACGGUCGGUACCGAGCAUCGAUCGAUUUCUCGAAAGACGCAGAUCCGAACUGUUACGUGCUCACGGAAGGUUCGCCUUGCGAAAUACCCGAAUCGGUGACCACCGUGAUCAUACCGGAUAAAGAUACAGGCUUUCGAAGCGACAACGAUGCUUUUCGAAUCGAACGCGAACCGACCGACGACGCGUCUCGGGCAAAACAAGUACUUGGACUCGAACAGGAGGAAAAUCCGUUCGGAGAAUACGUCGUACACCCGAUGGAAGCGUUUCAAUGUUCCAACCAGCGAUUCGAACGUCGAACGAACGAUCACCCCAUGGAUCUUUUACCCGAUAUAAAAGAUGUCGUCGAUCGAACGCUCGCGUGCAACGAUCUGGACAAUAUUCGGGAGGAGGAGGAGGCGGAGGCGGAGGAAAACGAGAAAGACGCGAUGGAGGAGAAUGUACGAGAUGAGUCAUUGGAUCGGCCGAGUCGAAACGCAUCUGGCACGACGCGAGUCGAAGGUGCCUGUAUUCCCGCGGAACGCGCUGCAACUGGAGAUUCGAUUUCGGCGAAUCGAGAAUAUCGAGAACAUGCGGCGACGGAAACGGAGACGGAAACGGAGGCGGAGGCGGAGGCGGAGACAACGUUCGGCGAUCGCACGCGCGACCGGUACCUCUUGUCGGGUACGGUCGAACCUUGCCUGCGAGACGCGACAACGUCUUCUCUCGAAAAUAGAAACGAUUCGAGAAAAUCCGAGGAUCGAUCGGAGAAAGAGAUCGAUCGCGACAACGUUUGCGAAACCGAGACAAUAUUUUCUUCGUUCGACACUGUUCUCCUAGACGGGAAAGCGACUAUCGACGAAAGUUCUGUCUCGAAGAAUAACCAUUUUCAGAGCGAAAAAGAGCGCGUCGCCGAUCGCCGCGAAAGUAGAAGAGACUCUUCCAACGUGGAAGAAGAAAUUGCGAAAGAACUGAUAGAAAAUUUGACCGAUGGAACUUCGAGACUCGAAGAAACAACGGGUACUACCGUGGAAGCCGCGAACCGUUUCGAUGCGAAAUCCGACGCUCUGUCCGAGUACGGAGCAACGUCCGCGCGUACGAUUUCCGAGCUUUCCAAAAAUCAAGAUCCGUCCGAACGAUCGAACGAGCUGGUAAUCGAUUCGGAUUUACGAAACAACCAGUUGGAUGCGGCAAUUAGGGUCGUUCAAUUCCGUGUACGCGAGUUUCUGUUCCGACGUCGAGUUUCGAAGAAAUCUGACCGAGAACGAAACGAUGGACAACGUAGCCCGGAUGCGUCCGUGGUUUUGAAGAAAACUGGAGAAAACGUAGCUAUUUCGAACGAUCGAUACUGCGGAGAAGGGAAACGUAGAGAUUCCGGUGCAUUUGCAUCGGAAAGGAUAAACGACGGAAGGUGGUCGUCGAUCGACCAGCAGAUUCUUGGAAAACAUGGAUCGUAUAUUUCCAACGAGUUGAGACAUACGGGAGAAUUUCACGAUUCGUUGCCGCUGCCGCUGCCUGUAUUGGACAUUUCAAAAGAUGGAACGUCGUCCGUGGAUGGGGCGAUACGCGCGUUCGAACGGGCGCACGACGACGACGACGACGACGCCGCCGCGAAACCGUUGCUCUCUCUUAAAACCGACAGCUCGUCGUUCGAUUUCAAAUCCCCCGAAACACGCGUCUUGUUGGCCUUCGACUCGGCCUUUGGUUUCCCGAAGAGCUUACGAUCGAUCGGUGAUGCUUCGAACUGGUCGAAAACGUCUAUCGAUCUUUCGUCCUCCAUGGAACGCGACUUCGAUACGGAUAAAUCGAACGCCGACAGUUUCGCGGGAGAAUGUUCCGAUGCCGAUAUCGACGAUAUCCGAGAACCACUGGCCCUCGAUAAAACGUCCAAGUCUAUUCUCAUAGAAGAAAUUUUAACCGACGACGAGGAAGAGAAGGAACGCGCUAUUGGAUAACGUCGUGCCAAAGUAGGUACGCGUCGAAUCAAAAUUUCACUUUCAAACGGUUUUUCUAGCCGUGAGAACAUUUCAUACGCGUUUGUACCAAGUCGUCCAUAAUUACGCGUAUAUUAUACGUUCUAUUAUACGUUAUAUAUAACCUAUAUGUUAUAAAUAAAUUAUUUACAAGAGCUAUA